UUCACAACAACUUUACUUGCAGGGACAAAACAUGAUUAUUUGAACAGUUUUGCUCAACAGUUAAAAUAAACUUAAUUCAUUAUCAUUUGAGAUCCACCAUGUCGCUGUUUCAUUCGCAGUUGUGUUGUUGCGCAGUUUGCUUCUGAGGACUGAAGGCUGUUUUUCUCCUGCUCUACGCCGGCUCUUCGUCGACAGACACCGGCCGGUAAACUGCUGGUCACGCCCCCUCCUGUCUUCCUCCCACAUUACUUGGAUUGAAAAAAAAAAAGUGAUUGACACGACUGAAACAACGAAUCAGAAGCCGUCUCGACGUGGACGCGUGCCAAAGUGAAAUGUUUAUGUACCCUACGGACCAAUAGGAGCGCAGCUCAGGGGGCGUGGCAUUGGUUUGGAGGAAAGAGGCAAAACAAUCUUUUUAUCCUCCUAAUCGGGCGGCUUUUUGGAUAUCCUGGGCUGCGGUGGUGACGGUGGAAAAAAACUUCAGAUGUAGACUAGAAUAGAAGUUAGGACUCAAACAGCUCCUAUCAAACUGCGACAAUCCCGAUAAAUGUAUGUAACUCCCGCAAUUUGCACUAAACCGAACAGAAAGCCGACGUUCUUCCUUUAGACUCCACUCUUCCUGGCUGAAUAUGGAGUCCAAAUGCAUUUUGGAAAAGUCGUCGGUCGUGACAAGUGUCGGCGGUGUCGUGGACUACCGGUUGGGCCGCUACAAAAGCCGGGUCACAGCGAUGGAAAAAAACAGCUACACACCGGGGCCCAUCUUUUACAAAUACGUAACGGACGGAGGCUCGACGGCGGCGGUUAAAAAUGAGCGAACUUCGUUCGCCGGGAGCGGUCACUCACCGGGUGUUGGAGUGUUACAGAACGUGGAAAAAACAGGCCUCAGAGACCAAAAAGACAUUGGUUCCACCGGGAUCCUGAAGAGGGCCAGUCCUACCCUCUGUCUUGGCACGGUCAGGCAGUUACCAGGCAGCUCCAUAAGUUUGGACAUCAGAAACCCAGGAAAACAGGCAGAGCUGGCCAACAGCUUCAGGGCAGCACAGGGGCAGAAUGUCCCACAGGCGCAGAGGCAACCCCUCCCCUCCUCCCACAUCCCAGUCCCCAGAAACAGGAAUCCUUCAGGUCACGCUGAUAAGGAGGUGAUGGCUGCCACCGUCUUGACCUCACUGUCCACAUCCCCCUUGGUGCUCUGCCCUUCCUCUGUACCCACAGAGCCAGCCAGCAAAACAUGGAAAGAGGUGCUUUCUGCGAGUUACAGCAGCUCAACGAGCGGCAACUGGAGCUGGGAUGCCAGUGACCAAUCAGUGCCCUCCACACCGUCCCCACCACUUUCCAAAGAUGCCAACCUGGGCUUUCUGCACUCAUCUCAGGGAGAUGGUGCCAGCGAGGAUGUCUCAGAGAGCACACAUUUUAUGUUUGAUGACCCCAUCCCCCGAAAACGAAAGAACUCCAUGAAGGUGAUGUUUAAGUGCUUGUGGAAGAACUGUGAAAAGGUCCUCAGCACCUCCUCAGGGAUCCAGCGACAUAUCCGCACCGUCCACCUGGGGCGAAACAGUGACUCGGAUUACAGCGAUGGAGAGGAGGAUUUUUACUACUCAGAGAUUGAAGUCAACAUGGACAGCCUGACGGAGGGCUUGUCCAGCCUCACACCUACCUCCCCCACCACGGCCGGCCCUCCGCCCAUCUUUCCCCCGCCGCUGAGUGACGUGUCCCACUCUGAGUACAUCGCCGUGAACGGUUCACAGAGCCACCUUCCGUCGCUGCUCAGUCAGUCGGCUCCCUCCACGCUCUGCCACAUCCGCACUGACCAUGCCUACCAGGCCACCGCUCCAGUGAGUAUCCCAGUGGGUCCUGAGCUGGCUGGGAUAGGCAGUGGUAAUGGGAUCGGGCCUGGAACUGGAACUGGGACUGGGAAUGGCAUCAGUGUGUCUUGGCAGCCCCCUCCUGUCAUUUUUAAAGGCGCCCCGGGCCCAGUGACACAUGUUCGCACUGUUAGCAUCGGUGAAAAGCGGCAACCGGCAACCAGCACGCACGCCGCUGUUAACAAGAACCACGCUUUAAUAACACCACAAACUAAAUCAGCACCAGGAACCAGGAAACCCCGUGGGGAAGCUAAGAAGUGCCGAAAGGUGUACGGCAUGGAGAAGAGAGACAUGUGGUGCACAGCCUGCCGCUGGAAAAAAGCUUGCCAGAGAUUCACCGACUAAUCCAACUGCCUUCCCCUGGUUCUGGGAGACGAGCUCCUCCUCGCUCGGAGUGACAGCGAGGUUGACUUGGAGAAGAUGAUGGCAGAGUUCUCAGUUCUGCUUCCUCUGGGCCAGCAGGGGGAAAGGGUUACCUUAUCUCUUUUCUGUUUCCAAAUACAAUGAGAGUAUAAAAACAAAACACAAAGAAAAAAUAAUAACUUUUCUAAGACUGAGACAUUUUCACUCACAGUUAAAUAAGGAAAACAAAACUAAUUAGAUGCUCAUCAGAUUUUUUAUUUCCCAAUUGCUUCAAUUAAAAGCAAUGUUUGAAGAGUACAGAUAAGCUUUUUGUUAUACUCUGUUGUUCAUAGAGCAUUAUGUAAGCUACUUUUGGUUUGGUGGGUCUUGGCUCUUUUCCGAGGUUUAACGGUUAAUAUCAGAUGUUCUCAGUGAAAUCACUGUUGCAGAUCUGCUUCUCAUUGUAAUUUUUCGGAGGUCUUCAUCAAAUCUGGCAAAUUCUCAACUUACAGUCAUCAGUUUUAGAAUAAGAUGUAAAAACACUGUUUUCUGCCUUUUUACUGGAAAUAUACACUGCAAAUCUGAAUACAUAUAGUUUAGUAUCUAACAUUGUCUUCAUUAGGCUAAUUUAUAACGGCCUGCUACAGUUUUUUUAGAUCAGCAAAACUGCACUAAACUGUUCACAAGUGGUACAAAGAGUUCUCGUUCGACGUCCCACAAUAUUUUAGAACAAUGCACACAGUUUAUAAAGUUAAAUGCCUCUUAGAUAUAAAUUGUCUUUAAAUUAUCACUGUAACUUGAGUUUGCUUGAGAGAGUUGAUAUCUAUUUCCUGUAUAGUUUAUUUUUAACAGUAAGUUGCUAAGUCAACUUGCAUUUGCAUUGUGCAAUCAGAGGAAUGACAGCAUUUAUUAACUUUUCUUGCUUUGUGGUUAUCAGUCAUGAGCUGAAGGGGAAAGGCUAAAUUUUUGUAUCAGCUGAUGUUCUUAAAGAGAUUGUUUACCACGGUAUGUGAACUGUAACCGCCCUUUAACAUUUUUACCCUACCAGUCUGACUGAUGAUAUUUGUGGAUGCAGAAAGGACACAGAGAUUGUAUUCUAGAAAUCUUGAUUUAAAUACAUCUAUCCCUUACCGUUUUUUACAAUAGGUUGCUUUGUAAGUUUUAGAAUAUUAACUAGAGAUGCACCGAUAUAAUAUUUUGCUACCGAGUUUUCCAAACUCCAGUUUUUGUAAAGCUUUGACCUGCCAAUACUGACUUUAGAUUUUAGCCAUCUUUUAAGUAUUUUAAUUAAGAAAUCUUUUCUAAACUUACUGAUUUAAGCUGUCUUUCAUUUUUAUCUUUGAAGCAGAGUUUUACUAAUUUGAAACAAAGUCAAAAUCAUUUAAUUCAAAGUCAGCAUUUUAUACAGUUUUUAGUGUCUUAUAUUAGUAUUAAUGAGUCUAUUGUGUAUUCCCUAGAGAAUGGAGGCCGUUGCCAUAACUCUGUGAUUUCCAAAAUUUCCAAAUACAUCAGGUUCCAUGGCAGAGGUUGAAAGUCAAAAGUAUAAAAACAUUGCAACUUUGCUGUGAUACCUUGUUUGCCAAUUUGACAAGGCAUGUACAAAUUGGCGUCAUAAAGCAGACAUCUUAUUUUCAUACCUGAAGAAAGUGGGUAUAAUGACCAACUCUAACCUGACCAGCUCCUGCCAAAGAGCAACUCUGUUGCUUCUGAGCUUCCUCUGACUUCAUUUAUAAACACCUCUCUGAUGUUAGAAAUAAGUAACAUUGAGUCUUCUUCACACAGUUACAACUUCCACACUGAAGUAUGUUGUCAUCAGCGCAACUUGUUUACACUUACAGUGCAUUCACUGAUCAGAUGCAGAUCAGAUUUUUUAAGUCAGGAUUUAAAUCAACAAGCUAAAAAUUGUCCAGUUCCCGUCACCAACCAAUUUCUCGGUGCAUCUCUACUAGUAACUGUUAACCAGCAUUAGAUAAGUUGUAAACAGGGGGCCAAGGCUGCCCCCUGUUUUAAAAAUAUAUUUAAUCCUUGAAGAAAACAAGUACUAAGAAUGUAAACUAAAUCAUGAUUUAUGUGGAAAUGAGUUUAGCAAGAAUUUAGAUUUUUGAUUUAACCAAAUGGAGUCUUACUUAUUUAAAAUAAAGGUUUUCAAGUCAGAUGGAGGCCACAGAAAUGAGGGCAGGGUUUACAAGCUGUAGAUAAACUACAGAUGGUGGAAGUACUUGUAAUAUGUACCUUUAAAAAUAGUUGACUUUAGAGCCCAUUUCAUGACCUGAUACUUUUAUUAAAUAGAAAUAACAAUAGAAAUUUAAAAUAAAAUAAAAUGCUGUCUACCUCUAUAAAACUUAGCGUUAUUUUUUUCUUCAAAUUAUACAUGUCAAAAGAAAAAGAGCACUUAUGAUUGGCAUAGAUAAUGAUCUUUUAAUAACAGAAGAAAUCAAGCAUAUAAGUUAGCUGCAAUUUAAAUUUCUGUUGAAUAGUUUUAUCGGUUUAUGUCCAUUCUUUGUAAAUUUUGUAAGGUUUCUCAGAGCCUACUCAAUCAGUUUUCAACUUGUGUAAAAAAAAAUCGAUACUUUUUCCUUUUCUUCUAAAUGAUACUCUAAUUCUGAGGAAAAAAAAAGAUAGCUAAGUGAACUAUUUAUUCCUAUAGCCCUACAUCCCAAAGUAGCCCCAAAUGGCUAUAAAGCCUGUUGAAGUUAUUAACUACCCAUCUUUAAAGCUUUGAAUUAGACAUGAAAAGAUGAAAGCAAACCCUUUCUUUAUGUGAUUUUUCAAGUUGUAUGCAGAGACGCACUCGUGACAGUAGAUGCAAAUUUAUGGAUACAUUUGUGCUGUACAUUAGCAGCUUUCCUAUCACAGAUACAGCAAGUGCUCCAGACAGUCACCUGACCAGAUCUCAGUAGCACAGUAUCACAGAGAAUGCGUUCUUUGGCGCGUCUUUGAGUCGGCGUAUUGACUAACAGAGAAGUGCAAGACAAAAAAAGACCUGUAAUCGUUUCUCGUUGAGAGCUGAAGUAAACAUUAAGCAGACAUAGACACCGUCACAGUUCAAGCUUUCAUGAUGCUCCGUGUUAAACUUUUAUGUAUCAGUGGUGUUCCAGAUAAGCUAGGUCAGCAGGCCUCUUCCAGUCACCAAAUUCACCAAGUGCCAAUAAAAGUAAAAAUGUAAAAGAAAAGGUAUUCUGACCUUUUAAGAAAUUGCACUACGCUGUACUGCGCAUAGACAUGUUUUUAUACAUGGACGUUUUGUAUUUACAGAUUUUUAAGUGAAAGGGUCUUUUUGUUUCGAGGAGUCGGGAGGGAUCCUGUCAAAGGUUGAUGUGAUAAAAAAGGUGUCGAGAACUCCACCAUGGGGGUUUCCCAAUUAUUAGCAAGUGAUCUUAACAGCUAAAGUCUUGCGUUCGGUGUAUGUUGUGCUAAACACUGUGGUGAUGACAGUUGGAGGUGUGUGGUACUGGAAGUACAGUGUGGUACUCGGCAGUCAUCGCUCACUUUGCCUUUCCUUGGAGGAGCGCCAAGGACUGGAUGCAGUUCCAGCUUUAUCACAGUGAUGGGGACACACCAGUUUCAGUAGGUAGCUACACGUUAUCAUCCCGAUAACAGAAGAUGCUUUAAAGUGUGCAUUGCCUGUUUUUUUUUCACAAUGUUCACAGGCUUUUUAAACACACACUGCUGCAUACUUGCUCUUCCUUUCAUUAAAAAAAAGGCUCCCGCUUCUUGAAAUGUAGGUAUUACAUGUAUGUACAUACUAUUAUUAGUGCUGGAUACCACUUUUUACUUCAGUACAUUUGGUUUGGUGGCUGAUAGGAGUAUCAAAAGCCAACCAUUAGGUCUCUCCAUCACAUAUGUAAACACCAGCAGGUUUAUGAGUUGAGAUCUUCAGCUGGCGAAGAAUGGGACCCAGACGAAAACAGGGCCUUUGCUCCCCACUGUUCCACUUAGUGCCGGUUUUUGUUAUGGGCAAUAUGGCUCACGCCCAGGGCGCCACAGCUUGGGGCCGGUCUUAAGACUUUAAGAUUUUUUUUCCAGUUGCGCUCCAAACAAGCUUUAAGUUGCUUUCAGAGCUGUAAAUAAGUAUACUGCUGCAGGCUGAAGUUGCUAUCUGAUUUACAGCUUCUAAUGUGGUGCUUUAGUAAAGGGCUAUUUCACAGUUUUUAAAGGAACUGGGACUGCAUUUGAUUAUCCCUUGUUUGAUAUCAGAAAUUCUUAGACUGGUCAAACCUGGACUGAAUUAUGCUGUACUACACAGAGAUGUUUAAAACUAUAUGUUGAGAUUUAUGAAACCUCUAUUCUAUUUGCUAAAACACACAAAAUAAUAUUAUUUGGCUUUAGGACCACCUUAGGUUGUUGUUGGGUGCCAUUUAUUCAAAAACCGCCACUCGAUCACCCCAUGGUCAGACUGGUCUGUGGUGAUCCGCCCUGCCUUUUACAGCACAGCUUGGGUGGAAAUUUUUUUUUUCAAAAAACCAUCGGCUUUUAAACUAGAGAUGCAUCAAUCUAACAGCCAAGGAUAAGAACGCUCCAAUUUUCCCUUGAUUGGCUGCAAUCAAUCAAAUACUAAAAUAUAUUUUGUACCCUGUUUUUAAAAUGCAUCAAAACUAAGAACUCCCACUAUUUUCAGUCUGUAAAUGCCUCAACCAGCACCAGAUUCUUUUUUUAGUCUAAUGCAUGAUGCAUGAAUAGAGAUAACCUUGCAAUCUCUUGAUUUUCUAUUGAAUUUGAAGCUACAACUACUAUCAAAGAACAUGCAGCACAUUUUAAUGUGUCACCGCACGUAGUAAAAGACAGAAUUGGUCAAAAUUGCAUUCAGCUGUUCAUGUCCUGAAAGAAAAUGGGACACCGGUGUUGUCCAGAAAAUGUCUGAUUGGUGCAUCUAGUUUAAACUGAGGUUUUCUUUGAACAACACAUUUUCCCUUUGAUCCGAUGGAUGGAGAUUGGCGCUAACUUCUGAUGGGUGUGCAGGAAACAGCAAAGUGCACAAACAUCAUGCAGUGACGAUAUAAGAUUUGCAGUUUCAGGGCCUUGUACAUAAAGCAAAAUAGAGAUCUUUGUCACAUGUAGUUUUGUUGUGUCUCUGUUAUAUGAAAAGGAAACUUUAAUUUUUUUACAUUACUGUUGCUCAGCAUGUUUUUUUUUUUUUUUUCAUUUUUAAAGGCACUUGCGAAACUAUAGUGAACUGAUUCAAUCUAUAUUGUUGCUUAGUGGUAAAGGGGAGAAAAAAAAGACAACCUGUUGAAUGUACAACGUAUAAAAAUCAUUUUGUUGUUUUCUUGUAGUUGCUGGCUAGUUUAGCCAUUGUGAGAGAUUGUUGUGCGUUCUUUUUUGUUGUCUUAUUUCUUAACGCCUACAAACAUCUGUCGCCACACUGAUGAAUCAUAUGGAAUAACACAACCAUGCAGUAUUGCUUUACUAUCUUUGUGCAAUGACAAUUUACAGCGGAACAAAACAUUUUCAUGCCUUUUGUUGACAUUUGUGCUCCCAGUCUUACCAGCUUGCCAUCAUUCGGCCAACUGGGGCGUUUCGUUUGAGUUUGUGUACUUUUCGUUGUCAUGGAUGUUGUUUGUGGUUGUGACAUGAAGUUGUUCUCAGUCAGGAUAGCUUUUAAACCUUUUGGUCACAAUGGAAAUUGUUAGCUUUUGGGGCAUCUUUAUCCAGCCCUGCACAUUCCAACAGACAGCAUGCCGUUAGCAUCUUUCACUCACUACUCCUCUCAUUGUAGCGAUACGUCUCCUGUCACUUUCUCUAUUUGUGUGCUAUCCAGCUUCACUGUGGUUCCACCCAAGCCUUUAGCCAGUACAUUAAGCUAAACUAAACCCUUGAAAUGUGCAUCAGAAACCCUUUUUGUUUUCUUUCCAAAUACGUCAAAAUUGGUGUGCUGCUUUCUUGAAUGUCAGUUUUCAUUUUGUUCACUAAACAGCAGCAGCAAAAACAAUUUAUUUCUCUUCAAAAUUAAAUGUAUUGCAUUGCAAUGGCAGCUCCACACCUCGUCCUCUUGUGCUUGUAUUGUCUGUCCAGGCGUUUGUCAAACCCCAUCCCAUAAUGACCAUUUUUUUCAGUGCUGUUGUGUUUUUACUGAGCCUUACGCUUUUAUUUUCUCCCAUCGAUUGAUUGUCUGAUUGAGUUUGACUUUGUUGUGCAUGUCUAGCAUUGCUCAUUCUUUUCAUAUUCUCAAUUUUUAUUUUUGUGUGUAUGUUAGGAGAUACAACACUGAAGGGUUUUUUUGUGUUAAGAUUUCCCCUCUCAGUAUCCAGGAACCCAAGGCUGAUGAGGAAGCAAAACAUACUAAGAGCGGCCUGACUACGAUCAGUGCUAGGAGAGUUUUUGGUGGAAACGUGACGUCAGCCUUCGGGUCUUCGCUGGAGGCCAAGAUUUCUCCUGUUUUUGGGUGGGCUCUGCUUCUGGUGUUCGUCAGCGGUCCCACACACACUUGGAGAAAGCACUUUCUGAGCAGUGGUGCACUCAAGGAGUACUUGUGUGAAUGUCAAGCAUUUGACUAGUGCUUGAAAAGAUGGAUGAACAUGUAUGAUGCUUAUAAUGGGAUCUGUGUGAUGUAAUGUGACAGUAAAGAAAAAUAAACCUGAAUGGAAGACA